AUGUAUAUCGAGGCAAGGCCACUAUCGACAUACCAGCCCACGCCAGGCUGGAGCAUACCGCCACUGUCGCCAGGAAAGCUCAAACGACCGCCAAUCGGCAGUGCCGCUCCUACUUCUGGCUCAUCUGGUCACCGGUCUCGAACGUCACUUCAGCGACCACAGUUCCCAAGCUCAGGUUCGUCGUCUUCCUCCUUAUGCGGCCUCGAGCAAACGGUGCCGUCCUUUCAAAGCUUUGUCAAACGUACUCCAUCCAAGGACUCCUCCGACAAGCCGCUACCACCUACCCCUUCGCUAGCAGCCAAAUUUUCCGGAGAAUCACUUAUCGAUUCCUACUUCCGACGUUCAUCAAGUAUCUACAGCCGUACGCCAAGUCAACUGGACGCAGAUUCGAUCCCUGGGUGGCAGAUUGACGGGGUAACUGAAGACCUCCCACCGUUCCUCUUGCAGCCGAUAGCGUAUAGUGUCAGCACCCCCGACUUGAGUCACAAAAAUGAUACGCCUCCUCUCCUCGAGCCCCGAGUGUACUCGCCACUCAUCAUCAGUCCGUCGCCUACCGUCAGCACAAUCACUGUGGACCGUGUGGAUCCGGAGCCACUGUCAGGUAUUUCACCAAAUGCGGGACCGUCCAAAUCGUCGCAUCAAAGCCUUAUGGCUUCUAAGCGUCCCAAAGCUGAGACGAUCUCACUUGAAGAGGCGAAGCAGGCACUGAAGGCUCCGGGGGCGGUGCCCUUACUACCCGAGGAGUUGCGAGCACAAGCUCUUAAGCAGAGGAGAUCUCAAGGGCAAAUCCGUCUAGACAGCAUAGACAUCUUUUCUGUGGGCGGGAAGGCGCCUCAGCUGCCACCUCAUGUAGACGAGGGGUUACGAGCACAAGCUCUCAAGCAGACGACAUCACAAGGGCAAAUUCGUCUUGACAGCAUCGACAUUUUCGGAAAGGCGCCUCAGCUAGCACCUCAUCUACCUCCGGCUGCGACUCUGAUCGAUACACAGGGAAGGCGGAGGACACUUUUGACGCCGCCGAUUGAAGUCACAACGCCCGCGAAAGAGUACCCCCUUGGUGCUAAGCCAAGUCUACCCUAUGCUAAGGCUUUCCGCGUGGGCAAUGGUCCGGUCAGGAACAUUACCCCACCCGUAGCUCACGCGAGGACGGUGUCGAGGGAGUAUGUCGGGCUGUUUUCGCAUGACAACGACAGUGAUGUAUCGCGGGGCCGGAGGAGGGAGCGAAAACGUAGCCGCGAUGUUGAUCAGGCCAACACGUUGGCACAGCCAUACCAUUCUAUGCUCACGCAACAGCAGACUCGGCAGGCAUCAGAAUCAUCGGGGUGGGACUCGGAUGAUAGCGUCAGAGCGCGAAUGAAGAUGAUCCCGCAGCCGCUGUUCCAAACAAAGCAGAUUCCUGGAACGAGGCAGCCUGCCGAUUCCUAUGGCAGUCAGUCGUCACUAUCAGUACCAGGUAGCCAUAGGCGAGACGACAGCGGUAGCAGUGCUUCCUCGGGGAAGAGAUCGACAGGAUUUCAUCUUCGUUUGUCCCCGCCAACGUCGACUCGGGCGAGCAGUAUCACAGGUAUGAUUCCCAUAUCACCACCGGAUGAUCAUAACCCUGGGAGAAGUCGGCCUCCACCCAUCGUUACGAAUGUCUCUGGAAGAGUCAAGACAAAUCGGACUACGCCACCAAGGUCGAAGUCACAUUUCGAAAGAGGGAUGCGCUACAUACGCAGCAAGAGCUCCAAGAAGGAAGAGCAGAAAAGGGCGGAUGACUUGAAGCAAAGCAUGCAACCAGGAACGCCCUUACUUGCCGCAGAUAUUGUUGCGCUCAAGCUGAGAACCCCCGAUUCCACUCCCAACACCUCGCCUCUUGCCAACAGUCCAUCAACCUGGCGUACGACCAAUAAAAGUAACGUCACAGAGAAGGGAAAGGUUCCAAUGUGGGAGCGUGUCGCCAAGAAUGUAGCCAAAGGUCGACGGAGAUCAUCGAAUAGAUCACAAAGCUCGUCUCAAUUGAUGAGCCCAGGCGCUUUCGUCCCCUCGCCCGACUCUCCUCACCUCUUCCCAAAUCCCAUCAAGAGCACCGCGCCCUACCUAGGCUGGACAGAUUCUACCAAGAACCUCUUCGACGAAGCUCACACCCCGACUCACCCCCCGUCAGGCCACAACUUGACUCACAUCAUUGGACCGCCGAAGCCACUAGAUGAUAGCAAGAACGGCCUCGUGGACGCGGAUAGCUUCGGUUCUGCUGCGGGGAGGCCAAGUAUAGUAGGGAACGUGCUGGACUCUUGGAGGGAGAAUAAAGCGCAGAAGAGGAGAGAGAAUUUGAAGAGGGCGAUUAGGGUCGUUGGACCGGAGGAGGUGGCGCCGGAUCAGAAGGUGACGGAGGGCCAGAGGGAGGUGUGGAGUCGGCCUGUGUUGGGGUUGCAGAGGAAGUUGAGUGAGUUUGGAUGGGUCUGA